UCAUUUUAAGAAUUGAUGAUUGUUGUGUCACGAGUUGAAAAAACUGGAAUUGCCUAUAGUUACCCUCCAUCGACACCAUCACCAGAAUGGUUUCCAGAAUUGUCUGAAAAUUGUGCAGUUUGUGGAGAUCGGGUGCAUAGUGUUCGUCUUGGAUCGCCGGCAUGUUUGGGAUGUAUUGUGUUUUUUCGCAGAGCAAUCAUCAAUGUAUCGAAGUACAAAUGUUUGAAAGAUGGAGAUUGUUUGAUCAAUUACGAAUUCCGGUCAUCUUGCCGAGCUUGUCGUCUUCAAAAGUGCUUACAAGUUGGAAUGAAGCAGUCGGCAGUUAAAAGACGAGAUUGCCUUGGACCAAGAAAAGUAACACCACCAACAGCUGCAUCUACUCCUCCUGUUGUUCAGCGGAAGCCAGAAUCUUAUAUCAUUCAGAAUUUAGUCAAAAUUCAAGAUCGUCAUUUUGAAGAACAUCGAGAUCAAAGUGUUUCUGAAUUUCGAAGAGCAACAGUAUCUGAUGUGAACAAAGUGUUAAAAUGGAGUAUAAAUAAUGCAAUUGAAUGGGCAUCCCAGUUCAGCCCAUUCCAAUUAAUUAUGAAUGAAGAUCAAAAAUGUGUAAUUUCCGAAUAUGGUUUCGCAUUUUUGGUCGUUGAUCAAGCAUUCCGAACAAUUUCUGAAACACCGAAUGGAUGCUGGUAUCUGCAAAAUGGAACUUAUCUGAACUCAGAUUAUCUUUAUGGUCUAACUGAUGAAGCUGCUAAAUUCAGUAAUUCUUCUAUUAGAAAACAUUCUGAAUUUGUAAAAUCCCUUGAAAAAACUAUUAAAAUUCCAUUCGAAAUCAUGGACAUCGACACAUUCGAGAUUGCAGCUUUGAAAAGUUUACUUCUAGUUUCUCCUUCAUUCCCCAAAUGGACUAUUUUUGCUGAUUAUCAAGAAAAAAUGGUGUCGCUCAAAAAUAAGUGCUUAAACGAACUUAUGGAAUACUUGCAAUUAAACUAUCCGGACACUUUUAUGGAACGAUAUGGACAACUGAUUCUGCUCUUGGGAAAUAUUCGGUGUGCUGUAAAAUUGGUAUAUAACCAAACAAAAGUGUCUGAUUUGUUCAACGCCUACAAGUUUGAUCUAUACGUUCGAAGUUUCAUUUUAACAUGAUGAUUUUGUAUUUUUCGUAAAUGAUUGUACAAUAUUUAUUUCCAUCUGCCCAUUUAAGAUCUCAAGUUUUUUCAAUAAUGCUUUAACUGUUUCAAAUAAAUUCAUUGAAAAAUUAACAACGAAAAUUUA